AUGGCGGUGCGCCGCGAGCUAUGUGCAGUGUCACGCGCGGAGUGGUGCGCGCCGCCGCCCGCCGACGAGCUGUGGCUGAGCAUACCGCUCCGCGGCCGCGCCGACAUGUCCGUCGCCGCCGCCUCGACUCGGUCCUCCUCGGUCGUUUCUUAUCUCCAUAUUGCGUGUACCUAUAUCCCGCACGGACCACAGCACGAAUCUUUAAUAGCAUCCUUUUAUGAUCGCGCACCUCAACCGGCGGACGAGUUGAGUGAUGGUUUAUCCUUAGCAGAUUAUACGAAGCAUUGUUUACAACCAUCUGCACAAGGACCAAAUACUGGUAUCGAAGACUGUUUAGAAUUGAAUAUUUUUGCAAAAAAUAAUAUUGCUUCUCAACCUGUCAUAGUCUGGCUAGAAGGAGAGGAAUAUUUGUCCACUAAAAUGAAGACAACAUUCAGAAGACUCGUUAAGAAGAAUACAGUUGUGGUAUCAUUGAAUUAUCGUGUAUCCAUUUUUGGAUUUCUUUGUCUUGGUGUUCCGGAGGCUCCUGGUAAUGCUGGUCUUAAAGACGUUAUAUUGGGGCUACAAUGGAUUAAGGAAAAUAUAAUUCAAUUUGGAGGUGAUCCGAACAAUGUUAUGCUUCUUAGACACGGAUCUGGAGCUGCAAUGGUCGACCUGAUCACUAUGUCACCACUGUCAAAAGAUUUGGUACAUAAAGCAUUCGUUAUUAGUGGAUCAGCAUUAGCACCUUGGGCUAUAUCCUACGACCCAAUCGGUUAUGCUAAUAUUGUAGGAGAAAAACUAGCAUACUCUGGAAAAACUCCGAGAAAAUUAGCAGAAGAACUAAAAUCUAUUGAUAUUGACGUAUUAUUAUAUGCAUUAAAUAUUGAAUUUACCAAUAAUACUGUCUUAUUUGCUCCUUGUGUAGAGAACGUUAAACUUCAGGACCCCUUUCUUCAUGACACUCCAAUAAACAUAUUGAAGAAUGGUAGUUUUAACCAUAUCCCUUAUGUGGCAGCUUUCGCUGACCGAGAAGGAACGUUAAGAGCUAAUGAAUAUAGUGAUUGGCUAACCAAAAUGGAAUCAAAUUUCAUUUCAUUUAUUCCUGGGGACUUAGAAUUUGGUUCUGAAAUGGAGAAGACUAUUGCGGGAAAUUCCAUACGCGAAUUCUAUUUCAACAACAACACUAGUAUUAACAUAAAAGAAUACCUGAACUAUCAUGGAGAUACCUCAAUUAUUGUACCAUUAAUAAGAGGUGUCAAAGCCAGAGCAAAGACGUCGAAAGCUAACGUUUAUUUACUUGAGUUCGCAUACCGUGGUUCAACAAACGAUGACUGGCCGUAUCCUGAUAUACCAGUGAAUGGUGUUAAGCAUGGGGGAAUCCUAGAAUAUUUAUUUGAUAGAAAUAUGACCAGGCACGGGGAAAACGCAAAGACAACGCUUAUAAAUUAUAUCACAUCGUUUGCUAGAACCGGGAUACCCAGUUCCAACGCUGUAUCUGAGCAAAAAUGGUUACCAAUUCAAACCCAGAGUUUCAACUAUUUGCAUUUUGGUGGUGUACAUGGUAAUCCGCACACAGAAGUACUACAAUUGGAUCCCCACGCAGAAACCGUGACGUUCUGGAAUGAUCUAUACAACAAUUUCCAUAAGAUUCCGAAUGGAGAUUCGUCGGUAUCUACUAUUGAAACUAUUGUUAAUUUACAGUUUUUAAUUAUUCUGUUACUUACUCUAGUGCUUGUUAUGUUUGUUAUAUCUGUUUUGAUAACAAUAUGGACAAAAUACCAUGAACGAAGACAAUUGCCGCGCCGUAAAAUGGAUAGAUAG